AUAUGUCCCUAAUAUCCAUACAAUAUUCCCCCUCACAAAACAAAAACAAAAAAAGACUCGACGGUUUCACUGCAAAAUGAAGGCGGCUUUGCUAGUACUUCUUCUUUCUGUCAUUACCACAUUCACAAAUUCUGCACCUUCACUUGAACCAGAACCAGUUCUUGAUAUAAAUGGCAAAAUUCUCCGAACACACACAACAUAUUUCGUAGUGCCUGUAAAACACGGAAAAUAUGAGGGGAUUUCUUUAGAAAGCACUGGCAAUGAGAAAUGUCAACUUGGUGUCGUACAACAAUUAUACGGCGGGCACGGAAGUGCUGUGGCAUUAUUCCCAGUGAACCCCAAGAAAGGCGUAAUACGCGUGUCUACUGAUUUAAACAUCGCGAUUUUCAGCACCCACGGGUGUGAUCAAUCCACUGUGUGGCAACUUGAGAAUUACGAUUCGAAAACUGGCAAGUAUUUUAUUAAAGAUGGUGGUGUUGAAGGAAAUCCUGGUCCUCAAACUAUAAGGAAUUGGUUCAAGAUUGAGAAGCAUGGACGAGGUUAUAAAUUUGUUUAUUGCCCAUCAGUAUGCAGUUAUUGUAAAGUCAUUUGCAAAGAUGUUGGCGUUUAUAUGGUCAACGGACAGAGACGUUUGGCACUCAGCGAUGUCCCUCUUGUGUUCAACUUCAAAAAGGAAUUUACUUCUUAAGAUCGAAUAAAUAACAAAUAAUAACAAUAAUAAUUAGUAUAAGGACAAUAAGUAGUUCUAUAAAAGAACAAUGACGUAAUAAGGAUAGUUCUAUAAAAGAACAAUGAUGUAAUAAGGAGUGCCUAAGCUAUGCUUUUAUUUCUUCUUGGUGUUUUCAUUGUCACUGAAUAAUACAUGUAUUUUGCAA